AUGGCAAGUCAAAGGAAGAAAGAUAUUAAUGUACGUAUGCUCUUGGAUACCAACAGAAAACUAGAAGAGUCCUGUGAUAGCAAAUCUAAAUCUAGAGUCUCAUCGCUUUCUUCUCUUUUCUCCUCAAGUAUGACGGAGGAAGGAAAGCAUGAAGUAUUCGGAUUCCGCAGGUUUGCAAGAAGUUAUUUAUCAGGGUCCGGAAAACAAACUAAGAACGACAGCUCUAGGCACGCAAAUAAAUAUCAGAUUGUUGAGAGAACUGGCUCCCGGAAUGGAGUUCGAUACACUAUUAUGGAACCCCCUCCUCCAAGUUUGAGCAGGACAAAGAGAAGACAGGCACAAGAUAAAAUGCAGGAUAUGUUCAAAUUGGAUUAUGAAACUAGAGGCUGUUUAUUGAGUUUAAAGGAAAGAAAUUUUGAUUUUGAUUUAGAAGCAAACGCGGGUCUUCACAGGAUACCUGAUUCAUUCAAAGACGAGAGUGGUACUCCGCUCAUGAUAGAAGGGAAAAAUUUCGUAACGACGAGUUCCAGUGAAUAUGAGUCUGGUGUCAGUACAGAACAAGGAAAUUCCAUUGUUUUCUCCAACAUCCCAGAUAAUACAGGAAUUGCAAGUGUUCUGUCCCAAAUCUGUGGUGGACCACUAGCAAGUAUCAAAGAAUAUAGAGAUGGAUCAAAUAAUAAGCUUACAGAAUUGGAAGUCAGUUUUCUCACCAGGGAAGCAGCUCUGUCAUUCAUGAGUUAUGGACGUACCAAUUUAUUCAAAAUCAAUGGUUUUCAUAUGACCCCUCAGUGGUCAAAAAAUACAGAAAUGGAUUCUGCACUGCUAACAGACUCUUCAUGUGAGGACAUUUUAGGUAUAUGCCGUUGCUUAGUUCUUAAAAAGUACCUUCCAUCAAAUGCCAAAGCUAAAAACAACGACGCGUCAAAAGAUUCCCUGUUAGAUAAAUUCGACGUUGUUGAAAUCAAAAGGGAUUUCUCAGAAUUUGGUGAGAUAUUGGAGAUUGCACCAGUGGUUUCUAGAAAGCUAUGUAUAUCAAUUGGUUUUUACUCUAUUGACAGCUCGAUGAAAGCGAUGUUCCACUAUGAAGAUCCUAACACAUAUCUACAUAAAAAGUACUUCAAAUCAUGGGCCGCAUGGUAUGGAAAAGACAUUACUGAUAGGCCUUGUAUUCAACUAUAA